CGCUGAGCGGCAGCACUGCACCUCCAACGCUGCUGUCAGCGCGCGCUUACAUCCACCUCAGCUCCAGCCUCGCGCCAGCCUUUUCCGUCCAGUCCGCGCAGGGCUUUUCUCUCUCUCUUUCUCUCUGCCUCUCUCUCCCUCUCUCUCCGUAGCCCCCCUCCUUCAUCGAUACAUGCGACUGAAGCGCGCUCUCCACCCGGGAAAAAUCCUCCUCAGUCGGCCCCACCGCCUCACACUUUCCUCGGCGAGCUGCGGCCACUUUCUCCCUCCUCCUCCUCUUCCUCUUCCACCACCACAUGCUCUUCGGUCAUCGCCGCUGCUUUCUCUCUCCUGUCACGGACCGAGACGCGGAAAAAAAGAGAGAAAAAAAGUUUCGCUUGUGAGGAUAAAAGGACGUCCAGGACCUGCGGAGGGAUUGUACUAAACACCAAGGAGCCCUGUCCAGGACGAUCCCACAGUGAGAGGCGCCCAGACGCCCUUUUCUGAGAGUGGAGGACGGACCGACCGAUUGGCACCAUACUCCCCAUACCAUUCCCCCCCGCUCUCUUCUCUCCACCCCUCCCCCUGACCCCUCCUCCUCCUCCACCUGUUCCCACCAGCAGCCCCGCCGGCAAGAUGGACCUGCAUCGGGCCGCCUUCAAGAUGGAGAGUUCGUCCUACCUGCCCAAUCCCCUAGCCUCUCCAGCGCUCAUGGUGCUGGCGUCCACGGCGGAGGCCAGCGUCCGUGAUGCCUCUAUCCCCUGCCAGGGGCCGCGGCCGUUUGGGGCACCCGCCUCUGCAGAGAAGGAUGUGCACCUGCCCUUCGGCAAUGGCUCCUACACGUUUGCCUCCAUGUACCACCGUCAGGGUGCCGUGCCCACUUUUGCCAACCGUGACUUCCCACCCUCGCUGCUCCAUCUGCACCAUCAGUUUGCUGCACCACCACCCAACCUGGACUGCUCACCCCUGGGCAUGCUGAACCACAGUGGUGUGGGGGCCUUCCGGCCCUUUGCCUCGCCACCAGAGGAUCGCGACCACCAGGCCUCCUCGGGUGCCUACCAGUCGGCCUUCACCCCAGCCAAGCGUCUCAAGGGCUGCCUGGAGGCUGAGGCCUCACCUCACCUGCGCUACUCGGACGCUGAGGGCAAAGAAUAUGACUACGGUGGCGCCCAAAUCGCCUCUGCCUCGCCUGGCGCCCUCAAGGCCGCUGAGGAUGGCAAGAAGAUCUUUGCAGUGUCUGGUCUGCUGUCAGACCGAGAGGCUUCUUCCAGCCCAGAGGACCGCAUUGAACGCUGCAAGAAGAAGGUGUCUUUGUAUGACAGCCAAGCUCCGAUCUGUCCGAUCUGUCAGGUCUUGCUGCGCCCUGGAGAACUGCAGGAGCACAUGGAGCAGGAGAUGGAGAGACUCACCCAUUUGCACAUCAGCAAGAACCCAUCACACAAGGAUAUCACAGCACCAGGCACACCCAAGUCUCUCCUGUUGUCAGUGCACAUUAAGCGUGAGGGCGAGUCUCCAGUCAUCUCCCCGCUCUCCUCCGACGAUGCGCACCAUUCUGACAGAUACCAGACGUUUUUACGGGUGCGGGCAAACAGGCAAACGCGACUGAAUGUCGAUGACCUCUGCUGGUGCAGGCGCUACGGCAAGGAAAGCAUCAAAAGCUCCCCCACCCCAGUGCCCCGAGGUGUGCCCCUAGCUCCGUGCUGCCUUCACUACGCCCGGAUUGGCAAGAUGAAGCGGCGAAAGCCAGAGGAUGGGCAGGUAUGUCCACUGUGCAGCGCACCGCUGGAAGGGACUGGGGAGGAAAUGAAUAGGCAUGUGGAAGAGUGUCUGUUGAAGAGAGAAGGAGGCAUAGAGGAGGACCAGGCUGACGUGGAAGGAGAGAACGGCACCCGCUUUGAGGAAUAUGAGUGGUGUGGCCAGAAGAGGGUGCGAGCCACCUCUCUGCUGGAGGGAGGCUUCAGAGGAACAGGCUUUGCCAUGUGCACCACGAAGGAAAGCCAUGACAGCGAUGCUGACCUGGACGUGGAUGGCGAUGACACACUAGAGUACGGCAAAGCGCAAUAUACUGAAGCAGAUAUCAUCCCGUGUUCUGGGGAAGACCAAGGGGAGACCAAAGAACGUGAGGCACUACGCGGAGCUGUCCUGAAUGGUGGCAUGCCAUCCAACAGGAUAACACCAGAAUUCUCUAAAUGGGCCAGCGACGAAAUGCCAUCCACCAGCAAUGGCGAGAGCAGCAAGCAGGAAGCCUCGACGUCCACCGCACCUAGGACUUGCAAAAACAGUGAGAUCGAGAAAAUCACAGAGGACUCCACAGGGACCACACUGGAGGCACUGAAGGCACGUAUUCGAGAACUGGAGAAGCAGAUCCUCCGAGGAGACAGAUACAAGUGUCUCAUCUGUAUGCGGAAACGAUUCCCAACAGGGCCUGACGGCAAGGGCGGGGGGCUGGCGAGGCACGGGGGCGCAGAGGCCCCACCCCUGGGCUCUGGCUGCUGUUUUUACAGAGGCUUCAUCCCAGGCAGCAGCGCGAUUAAGAGGCUACUGCCACUCCGGAGGGACUCCUACACAGCACCCCUCACUUCCAUCCAGUGUUGGCAUGUCCACUGUGAAGAAUGCUGGCUUAGGACUCUGGGAAACAAAAAACUCUGCCCACAGUGCAACACCAUCACUUCACCAGGAGACCUUCGACGUGUUUAUUUGUGAACUACCUGGUUGAUGCCUGCAUUUCCCCCUUUCCUUUUUCAAACUCCAUUUUUGCUCUGGUGGACUUCUGUUUUUCCCCACCACCCUUGCCCCCCCCCUUCCCCCACCCUACCCCCACCCUACCCCCAACGACUGAGAGAGGCAGACCAGGCUCACACUGAUAUUAAAGGCGAACCUCUGAUGUAGCGGUGGACUCCAUGGGGACUGCAAAUGGACUUAGCAUUCCCUCCCUAAAGCCCGAGCGCAAAGCUUCUCUCUCUCCUCGGCGGACCUGUGACACUGCUCCCUAGUGGUGAUCCAUGUAUGGUGCGGGUCUAAGCCAUAUGUUCCUGUCCAGUCACAUUUUCUCUGGAAGGACGACACCACCUCUUCCUUACCACAAUGAAGGAGCGUGCCUCACCUGUUCCACUCCUGCUGCAGCUGUGUGUAUGUGAACGCGUGUGUGUGUGGGACGUCCCUCAGCAAGGCCACUGAGCUUGUCUCUGGCUGGAACUCCACCCUGGCAGAGACUAACUUACAAAAAAAAAAACUAAAUGAAUAAACAAAUAAUAGUUAACUCUCCAGCUUUCGUUCCCAACAACCAACCUCAACAAGCACCUGCUGGACCUCCAACCUCCCCCCCCCCAGGGAUAUGUCUUGUGUUUUCUUUUCUCUCCCCCCCAACUUACACUUCUUUUGUGGUGUUCUAGUGAAGUCAACCAAAUUCGAUGAACCAGUGCAAGCACAUGUAAUAUAGUCUAUGUAUGUUUACAGUGUUGUGAGUAAAUGACAUAGAAAAUACACUUGUAUACACAAACACAACGCACACACACUCAAAAAAGGGAAAAAAGACAUGACAAAACUCAACACACACACAGAAGUAUAUAUUAAUAAAGUCCAAUUUUAGUUGGGGUGGUGUUUGGGUGGGAGUGGGAGGGGCUUAUGUUUCAAUCUUGAAAAAGAAAACCCUCUGUAUUUUUAAACAGAUGUUGUUGUCUUGAGGUUAAAGUUGUAUUUCAUUGUACAGGAAGAAAUUUAAGUAAUAUUAAUAAGAACUACUCAAACUAGGCUUUAAAGAUUUAGGCUGUACAUUUUUUUCCACUCAAAUAUACAGUAUAAACUGUAGAUUCAAAUCUAAAGCAAGGGAGAGUAUUUUUUUUCUUUGCUUUUUUGUGUGAAAUGGAAAGACUGGCUUUCAUUUUCCCUUAAUUACCCUGAUAAACUCUUCCAAUAACAAAAAACAGGCAAAACUCUCUCAGAGGAUUAAAGUAGCUCAUUCAUCUUCAUUUCAUUAGGUGUAAAUUUGGUACAUCCAGGCACCUAAGCAGGUGCGCUUCUGUUCUUCCUCUCAGAGAUAGGCUCAUGUGAACAUGUGAAAAAGAAUUGUUUUGACAUGCUUGUUACUGGGAUAUGUUCAGAUUGUUCUGGACACAACACAGAUGAAAAUGCUUUUAUUUUUUUUCCCUCUCACAAGAAGAUGGGUUUAUUUGAAUUGACAGAUGGCCUGGUCCCUAAGCUCUCUCCAGGAAUGAGGAAUGGUGUGUUUUUGUAUUUGUACAACUAUGUAUUCUGUGAUUUUUCUGUAUUGAUGUAAGCAAGAAAAAAAAAAAUCAAGAAAACAAAGUUCAUUGCUGAUCCGAAUACAACAAUAAACAGUCAAAUGUUUCUUUGGAAAUAACUUUCUUUUCAAGUAUUUUGUUUUUGUUUUUCUUUUCUUGUUUGCACAGUUACCUCAGAGAACAAUGGUAAUACCACCUGUCUGCUCCCUCUCCCCACCCCCCAGUUCUUCAUUUCUGUAAAUAAACCCAUCUGUACAAAUGAGCAUUUGAAGUUAUGUAAUCCUGAUAGGAGGCAAGGCGGCAUAAAGCUAAUCAUUAAACCUAUCAUGGGUUCUUGGUCAGAAAGGAUAAAGUCACUCUCUUUUUCUCUCUCUCUCUCUUUUUGCCAGAAAAUAAGGUUCUGCCCCAGAGAUGAAAAACUGCACAAAAUGAUUGUGUGAGCUGAUUUGUGUCCUUGUAUAAUUCUUGGAAAUGGUACUUGUCUUACCCGUUUGUAAACUACAUUUGACAGUAAUUAAAUGAUUGUACACCUGUA